AUGGCACCGACAGCAUCAACUCUCAAGGAUGCAAUCAUCAGCAUCUACACCCGUUCUGCCGACAGCCUUAUAGGCACUCCCAUAGACGCUGCAAUGGCCCAGUCCCUCGAAAAGAGGAAUCCAUACGCAAAUCCCAAAGAUUUCUCCAAGGGAAUAAUCGCUAUCUUCGCUAUCCUCGGAGGGACAAUGGCUAUUUCAGUCUGGUGGUUCUUCUUGAAGAAGGGUGGAUUUCAGUGGAGGGAAGAUGAUUGGGAUGAUUACAAGUCUUCGGUUAUGAGAAAGAAGGGCCCAGAUGGGAAGACUAUAUCCUCGGGUAGUACUCGCGCUCCGGAUACUGUUGUCACCGAUUUGACCUACCAAACUGAAGGAACGAGCGAUUAUGCCCAAACCGAGAAACAGUCUCAAGCUGGUCGCAGCGGUCGCAGCGGUCGUCGCGGUAAAGAUCGUGGCGGCGAUCGUGCAAUUAACGACAAAGAAGCCCCCAAGGCGAAAUGGGCCAAGAAACCGGAACGCAGCAAUAGCAAGCGUAGUAUCUUCUCUCGCUGGGGACGGAAACGGGACAAUUCGCCGACUUCUACAAACCGCGACCCGGAUCUUGAAUCGUACGCCGAUGAGGAACCAGCUCGCAUGAAGUCAUACAAUCCACACCCUGUCCCAGCCCCAUCCACCAUCGCUGAAUCCGAUAUCUCUGAAGCAAGGCUUGAUCAACGGGGUACUGGUUUUUCAACAAAGAACGUCGGUCGAAACCCUUCCCGUUAUGCGUAUGCAUACGCCCCAACCGAAGGUUCUGAUAAAUCCAAACCGAUGGGUCCACGACAAUCUACCAAGAAAUCCAGACGUGCCGAAUCUUCAUCGUCCUCUCGCCCCGCUGCCCCAAAGCGUAAAUCAACCCAAAGAGCAGCCGCACACCCUGAUCUCUCCACUAUUCCAGAUGAAACCGAAGGGUCUCGCCGUAUGUCUUUCGAGGCCUCGGACGACGCUGCCUUCACAGUCUACUCCGAACCCAUCUCUCGUCCAUCGCCAGCUGUCACCUCCCCGCCGAAGAAAAUGGCAGCAACCUCAGGUUCCAAGGGCACAAAGACAUACUCGUACCCGAUGGGUAGAGAUCCAACCAAGAGAGGCUCAACAUCCCGGCGUAACCAUCAAAAAUCACAAUACUCUUCUUCUUCCCGUACCGGCCGCAAGGAGUCUGCUGGUACAUACCGAACUGCUAGCACCGACUCUUCAGACAGCGAAUGCCCAUCCGACUGCUCCUGCUGUACCACCGACUCAGACUCAGACUCAGACAAUGAAACCGAUCUUUCCCAGCAGUUCAGAGAAUCCGCCCGUGGGGAUUUGGGAACAAAAGUCUAUCACCAUCCCUUGGGUCUUGGUAUCAACCCUAAGAGAAUUAGUUCUCCUGUCCCCACUGGUCAGAUUGUUAUGGGUAAGCAACGGGGGAAGCAAACGCAGCCUGCUGCAGAUAGACGUGCUGUCGCAGCUAGAAGCUAUCGACAGGAGAGUCGGGGUAGUUUGAGCAGUGAUAGCGAGGGUGACAGUGGGAAUGAGACCGUUACCUCGAGAGUCACGAAGGCAUUGAACGGUAAGAGAUAA